AUGAUUGGCUUCAGCGGCGUGCUGAUCCUGCAAUUGAUUGCAGUGGAUGUGGCGGGUGCCAUGCUGACAGGUUUGCUGUUGGCGUUUGGCUGGGUCAUGCUGAAGGAUGGAAUGUGCGAGAUGCCAAAAUAUGCUUUGAUAUAUGCAGUCCUUUGUGGAUUGAACUUUUUCUUCGAAAUUCUUCCACUUUUUAGCGAGCUCAAUGGCAGGGUCACGAGGCUCUGUCCAGUUGACAAAUCAGUUCGCUUUGUGAAAUCAUCUGGCAUAUUGUUCUAUGAUGUCCUAUGUUUCCCAUUGAAUUUCCAGUUGAACCUAGCAGUUAAGAACUAG